CGGGCUGGGCGUUUCCCCGGGUGUCUACCUGGGGGGCUCGCUGGGUGGGAGGCUGGGUCUGGAUUCGUUCGGUCAGCUGUGGGAGGGAAGCACAGUGCCAGCAGGGUUGUGAUUCGCUGGCUUGGGUGCUGGGGGGGUGGAGUGUCCUAGCUGCGAGUGAAAUCGGAGCUCUCAAAGGAGGGAGAGAACCAUUUCUUGACUGCUCCUGCGAGUCUAGGCGGGCCGAGGCGACAGUUUAAAGCUUGAGAAGUAAACAAACCUGGUUCCCUUUUGCAGAGGGGAGGCGCCCAGAGGAGGGCUGGGGGAGGAAGAUGCCGAGUACGGACCUUCUGAUGUUGAAGGCUUUUGAGCCCUACUUUGAGAUUUUGGAAGUCUAUUGCACAAAGGCCAAGAAUUAUGUAAACGGACAUUGCACCAAGUAUGAGCCCUGGCAGCUCAUUGCCUGGAGUGUCCUGUGCACCCUGCUCGUAGUCUGGGCCUACGAUUUUGUCUUCCAGCCAGAGAGUUUGUGGUCAAGGUUCAAAAAGAGAUGUUUUAAGCUCGUCAGGAAGAUGCCUAUUAUUGGUCGCAAGAUCCAAGAGAAGGUGAACAAGACCAAGGAUGAUAUAAGCAAGAACAUGUCAUUCCUGAAAGUGGACAAAGAGUAUGUAAGAGCUCUGCCCUCGCAAGGUCUGAGCGCGGCUGCAGUCCUGGAGAAGCUCAAGGAGUACAGCUCUAUGGACAUCUUCUGGCAGGAAGGGAAAGCCUCUGGAGCAGUGUACAGUGGGGCAGAGGAGCUCACCGAACUCCUGGUGAAGGCUUACGGAGAUUUUGCAUGGAGUAAUCCACUGCAUCCAGACAUCUUCCCGGGACUGCGCAAGAUCGAGGCCGAGAUUGUGAGGAUAGCUUGUUCCCUGUUCAAUGGGGGGCCGGAUUCCUGUGGCUGUGUGACCUCUGGGGGGACAGAAAGCAUACUGAUGGCCUGCAAAGCUUACAGGGACCUGGCCUUUGAGAACGGGAUCAAAACUCCAGAAAUUGUGGCCCCCCAAAGUGCCCAUGCCGCAUUUGACAAAGCAGCCAAUUAUUUUGGGAUGAAGAUUAUACGGGUUCCGCUGAACAAAAUGAUGGAGGUGGAUGUUCGGGCAAUGAGGAGAGCCAUCUCCAGGAACACGGCCAUGCUUGUCUGUUCUACACCCCAGUUUCCUCAUGGUGUCAUUGAUCCUGUCCCUGAAGUGGCCAAGCUGGCUGUCAGAUACAAAAUACCUCUUCAUGUAGACGCUUGUCUGGGGGGCUUCCUCAUCGUCUUCAUGGAGAAGGCAGGAUACCCGCUGGAGCAGCCUUUUGAUUUCCGGGUGAAAGGUGUGACCAGCAUUUCAGCGGAUACCCACAAGUAUGGCUACGCCCCCAAAGGCUCUUCUGUGCUGCUCUACAGUGACAAGAAGUAUAGGAGCCAUCAGUUCUUCGUGGCAACAGACUGGCAGGGCGGCAUCUACGCGUCCCCGACCAUCGCAGGCUCCCGACCCGGAGGCAUUAGCGCGGCCUGUUGGGCUGCCCUGAUGCACUUCGGUGAGAGCGGCUAUGUUGAGGCUACCAAACAGAUCAUCAAAACUACUCGCUUCCUCAAGUCAGAACUGGAAAACGUCAAAGGCAUCUUUGUUUUUGGGAAUCCCCAGUUGUCAGUCAUUGCUCUGGGCUCCCGAGAUUUUGACAUCUACCGGCUGUUCAACCUGAUGACUGCUAAGGGCUGGAACCUGAACCAGCUGCAGUUCCCGCCCAGUAUUCAUUUCUGCAUCACGCUAGUACACACCCGGAAGCGCGUAGCCGUACAGUUCCUAAGGGACAUCCGGGAGUCUGUCACUCAAAUCAUGAAGAAUCCUAAAGCAAAGACCACAGGAAUGGGUGCGAUCUACGGCAUGGCCCAGACGACCGUUGACAGGAACCUGGUCGCAGAAUUGUCCUCAGUCUUCUUGGACAGCCUUUUCAGCACUGACACUGUAACUCAGAGCAGCCAGAUGAAUGGUUCUCCGAAGCCGCGCUGAGCCUGGACCCUCUGGCCCCGAGGGGCUCCUGGCCUCCAGACAGUGCUCGGGGUGUGGAACGGGCCGUGCACAGGGUCAGCAUCUGGUCUUGCUCCAUGGAGCACGACGAGACAGACCGUGAGACAGCUUGAUCCUCGGGAUUUUUGUUCCUCCUCUCGUCCUCCUCCUGUGGUCUUUAUGUGGAGACCCUGAAGGAGUCUAUUACAUAAUUAUUUUGCCCUUGUUCUCAGAUGUUGCCCUAGGAAUCGUUUUAGCUAUUUCCCUCUCUAACCUUCUAGCUUUCAACCUCACUUAAUCAUUGUGCAGCGGCUCUGACCUGAGUCCUUACAGAGGCUGGGGUGGUUUACGUGAUGAAGAAGCUUCUCUGUUCUCUCAGGCAGACUGGCGAGGCAGAUCGGAAGAUGUUUUCCCGGGUGGGAGUUAGGUGCCCCUCUAAGCGUGAGGCCUUCUCCGCCUCCUCUCUGGGUAGGAGUUGUCUGUCUCGGAGAGUCACUGGUAGUGCGGCUCAGUUUCUUUUCCCAGGACACAGAUGGAUAGGCCACAGCUUCUGUUUUGUGGGAUUAGAGUGGCCGAGCUUAUCUGCUCAGUCUGUCAAGGCAGGCUGUGGAGUGGCCCUCUGCUGUCCCCAUUUGAUACUUGGUGGCCCCUUCUGUGGAGAUUUGUGCUUGAAAUUGGGCUCCCAUUGGUUUGUUGUUGCUGCCCUGGAUUAGGAAGAGAUCGCGGUUUCCAGAGAGCCCAGGCCUUUCUGGCCCUGGCGCUGCCUGUCUGCACGGGCAGUGUUCAGAGUACACCUGGACCCUCUCCUGGGCUGCUAAGGAUUGGAAACCAGAGCCUUUUCUCAGGUUCUCUGUCACAUUCAAAUACAUGUCCCAGAGUUGGUGGUGGUCCUCCCCUCCCCCGCUGCUAUAAGCCCUCUCGUCUGCGAGUUAUGUUUGCUUGAAGGAAUAGCUCAGAGCACCUUCACAAGUUACCUUGACCUACCCUAGAUGGGUACAAGGGGGCAUGAGAGAGCCUCCAAGGCAAGGAAAUUUCUCCCCAUUCAUGUAUCCCUCCUCCCUUUUUCUGUCUCUUUGGCUCCCCAGGUACUAUGGCAGUUUAGCCUCAGGUACUGGAUACUUCUCAGCCCUGGCUAACUCUGGACUAGGGAAGCAUGAUGGCAACUGUCAGUUGGGGCCUGGGGCCUGGGAUUCCUUCCUAAGACUAGUUGCUCAGGGUGGUGCAGGGACAGAACCAAACCCUGCGCCCACUCCCUGCCCUCUUCACCCCUACACAGGGCCCUGACCUAGGUGGAGCCACAGUCUUCCUCUGAAGACGACCUACCGUGUGCCUUUUUCCUCAGCACUGAGCGGCGAGGGGCUACUCCUGACCCAGGCCGUAGGGUAAAUGGGUCAGUCUUCGAGCUUUUAUUUGGGUGGGGGAGGACUUUAGAAUAAAGUCAGGAGAAAAUGUCCUCUGUUCAUUCCCCUUCUCAGGGACCCCUGAACCAUUCAGCUUCUGCAGGCUGCUGUCCUCCGGCCGCCCUCACUGGGAAUGCUGGCCGGGAGAGCCAGGACGACCAGGCCUUCCCCAGGGCUCCAUAGCACAUGUGUCUGAAGUGGCCUUUGGCAUUGUGCUUCCGCCACAAUAACUGUGACUAGCUGGCUGUGUCAUUGCCGGGCUGGAGUGUGUGUGUUCCUCCUGUGCCUUGUGGGUUCCAGGAGUGGGGGUGGGUGGGGUGUGUGUGUGUGUGUGUGUGUGUGUCUGCGCAUGCUCAUUAGAGGGAGAUGCUAAGAUCUUUUGGACACGGUAGCCAAGUUCCUUCCCGUCGCUGAACUGAGGGGCACCUCCUGAGAGUUGCCGUGGCCAGAGCUGUGCACCAGUGCUCCUGGGUCUCUGGUGCGUUCACGGUGUCGGAGGAGGACCCGGGACCCAGAACCACCCUGGCACCACUCUGGUUUGUCGGCAGCGAAAAUGGAGAAGCCUGUGCCGGAUAGAGCAAUGGGCGUGCUGUUGCUUCCGGUGUCUGCGGGCCCUUCCUCUGCUGUGAUGGCACUGCUGCCCCGGAGGCAGUGGUGUUUUUUCAAAGGGACCUACAGUAGCCACUUUAUAUCACGAGCCUUAGUUUGACACUUGCGGGCUUUCCAUUCUAUGCAUACCUGCGCCCUAGAGCACCUAGUCUGGCAGAGGCAGGCAGAAUGUCUUCAGAUGUCAUGUUGCUAGCAGAUGUCUCAUUGGCCUCUGCAGAAAGGGUAGUGUCUGGGUUACACACGGAGGGAGCAGCCGCCAGACUAUAUACUGCCAUGUCACUUUUAAUAUUACUGGUUUUAUACUUGCAAAAUGGUACUUGCCUCUUUUAAAUCUUUUCUGUAUUUAACCUCCUUCCCAGCUCAGUGCUCCCUUCCUGAUUGCAGCAAUAAUAUCUUAAAGAGCAAUUCAGUAAUUAAAUGACUGAAAUUGUUGCCCAUGUGGUUGCAUUCAUUUGCUUCUCUGGAGGGGCAGGCGGGAGAUCCCUGGUGGGGUGGUGGCCGAGGGAGACCUGGCUGCUGGUGGGAGCUCGCCCCCUUGUGGUGAAAUGGUUGUGUGUGGCCACACAGAUUCAGGGUGGUGGCUUUACCAGGAAGGUCUGGAACUCAGGCCUUUAGUUCCCCAGGGCCCGGGUCCGCCUUGUGUUUUCUGUCCUCUUCACCACCAUCUUCUGCCUAUACCUUAAUGAUGGCUGGAGCCUCCGGGGUGGGCUCCAGCCAGCUGGGCACUGGCUUCAAGCCCUGCAUUUGGUUUGGGAGCUGAUGGAACCCCUCAGAAUACCUCUGCACAUGUAACCGCUGGGCGUCUUGUUCCAUGACAAGUAGGAAGUGAGUAUUCCUUCCACAGGUCCUGGAGCCUGUCAGUCGGUAACCAGUGCUUCAGCCCAUUGGGACUUUGUCAGAAUCAAGCCAAGGAAUGCCUGUCUUUGCUAGUUUUCUGCUAAAUGACUUGGUUUCUUGAGCACCUGCUUGCUUUGGGGUUAAUCCUAGAGGAUGAGGCCUGCCCUCCCCGCCCCCCCCACCAAUCCAAGAAUUGGUGUUUGGAUGCUUAUACCUGCUACUUAGCGCUGUGAACCCCUUUGCCUUCUCUGAGGGUUCUUGGUAGCAGUGAGCCGCCUGUAGCCAGACCCAGCAGUGGAGACGCCAUUACGUCUCCUCAGAGGCCUGACUUGACGGCUGCCAGCUACAGCCCGGGUCCGAGCCUUUUCUCAAGUUGGGAGUCUUAAUUGGUAUUCUUUUUCUUGGGCUUUUUUUUUUUUCAUAAUCUCUCCUUAACAUCUUCCCCUGUAACUUCAGUUAUUUGCACGAAUUGUAGAAUAAACAUUUGUUUUUGAAAAAG